UAUUUAUAUUUAAAACUAUCACCUAUAUUUUAAUUUAAAUAACUAAUAUCUUAGAUACAAUUUAUAGAUAGAAUAUUUGUAUCUGAUAAUAUAAUACAAUUGAUAAACAGACUGCAGUUUAUAAAUAGAAAAAAAAAUUACAAAUAGAAUACAAUUUAUAAAUAACAUAUGUACAGAUAUGUUUAUAUGAAAAUAUCCAAAAUAACUAAAAAAACAAACUAUCCAAAAUUAUCAUAUCCAAAAUAUCUGAAGUAAGCAAAAUAAUCUGAAAUUUUUAGAAAUUUAUUUAGAACCAUCUGAACUAUCCAUUAUUUUACCGAAGUUGUCCGAACUGAAUUAAACCAUGAUUAUUUCAACUGAUCAGAACCGGAUUUUCAUCAGUUCUUGAAUUGAUCUUAAACACUAUACUCAAAAUACUAGAUACCUUAAUUAGCAAACUUGAAUCAAAACAAAUCCUCAAAUGAACAUGUCUAAUAUUAGCUAUGAGAAGUGGUUAUUCAAUAAAGUAUUUGAACUAAUUUGUGUUAAGAAAUCUCAUGGUACCGAAAAUACGACACAAAACCAAUAAAUAUACCAACAAUUAUAGGUUUAGAGCUUUAUGAUUUCACCACAGAUUUUAUAGCCCAAGCACAUAUCUGUGUGAUUUUCACAUGACACAACCAUGAAAUAAUAUAUAUUUUAUACUGUAACUUUAUAAAAGGAAGCUACAUUAUGAUUAGUAUAAAAUGUAUAAGAUCACUGAAGAUGUAUGAUCAGAGCCGAAAUAGUUCAUUAAGUGUGAGAUGAACUACAACAUAGAGAAAUAAUGUGAUAAGUAAGACGUUGAAGGAGUAGAACGGAAAAAGAAAUAGAUUUUUUUGUCAAGUCAAUUUUAUUUAAAAUUUAGGAAAUAAUUUAGGAAAAACUUUUUUCAUUAAUAAUUCUUCAGUAUAUGAGGAAAAAUGAAGAAUGGCUUGAAAUUCAUGUAUCAGAAACUUGGCAAUGGUUCAUUUGUUAAAGAGUAUACCAUCUGAGGAAUGAAGAAUUCAUUUUAAUAUCUUUCUUAAAAGAGAGGUCACCUAGUGAGAAUUUAGUAGUCACUAGUUUGAAUAAAGGAUUGACUAAUUUUACUAAGGUAUAUAAGCUUUCUAGAUUGGUCAACUUAAAAAUUAAAUUACACCCUAGCCCGCCAUUACUAGCCUUCCAUAAAGGUUUUGGUAGUGACGGAAAAGGUAAGAAAUCUACAGAUUUCGGAUUCACAUUAUCUGAAAAUAAAGCCACAUAAACGAAGAUUUAACAUCUGUCUUCGUUUUGUUUUUCUUAUUGGAUUUACCUUUUUAUUUUGGGUUUGGGUGUGUGUGUCGAGAGUAUGGGUGACGAAAUCAUGAACAACAUCUCUGAAACAAUGAUCGAAGCUCAAACCCAGAUUAGGCAAUCGUUGUAUUGCCACCAGUGUCAUAAAAAGAGAUCGGAUAUUGUCGGAAAUUGCGUGACAAAGAGGCCAAACACGACAUGUAUGGUGAAGUAUUGUCGUAGUUGCCUAUGGAACAGGUACAAAGAGAUCCCAGAGGAUGUUGCAUCGAAAAAAGACUGGCUUUGUUACAGAUGCAGGGGAAUUUGCGAUUGUAGUAACUGCCUAAAGGAACAAGGUAAGAAGCUGACUGGGUUUCUUAGAGAAAAUGGUUCCAGCUCCGAUGCCAUUAAAACCCCCAAAAAUGCCAAACGCCAGCUGAAGUUGAAUGAUUCAAGUGAAGGCUACAACGAGGAGAAUCCCGCAGCCGGAAAAAGAACAAAACCCAUUCUCAAGAAGAAAGAGAAGUCUCAGCUUGAGGAGGUUAAGCUACCUCAGGGCAGCGAGUCAAUCACUGUCUUCGGCAUUGACUUGCCCUCUGAAAAUGCUGGAAGAGUUCUUCAGUUUUUGGAGUUCUGUUCGAAAUUUGGAAAGGCUCUUGGCUUGAGAGGAGGGGAACCUCAACUUGUUGUGAGUGAGAUUGUAUCCGAGAGAAACACAAGGAGCCAUGAGCAUUCUACCCUCACCCAAAUGAUAAUCCAAUUAUUGACUCUUAUAUUGGUAGACACAGGAGACAAAUCAGUUGGCCUGAGUGCAUCAGAUGAUAGGUGGUUCAAUGUUCUUGGAGACUGUUUUGCCCAAUCCGAAGUUAAGCUUGAUGACUUCCCUCCUGAGAUGUUUCAAAAAGGCAUUGCUGAGUAUGAGGAGAUGGGUUCAUCGCAAAGGCUGAAACUUUUGAAUUUCUUGUGCGAUGAAACGCUUAGCACAACGGUGCUGAGGGAUUGCUUUGCUAAUCCUGAAUCUGUUGAAAAGAAAAAGGAAGCAAAAGAAAAGUUGAAUGCAGCAAAAGCUAACGAGCAAAAACUAUAUCAGAAGUUAGAAGAUGAGUUCUCCAAAGCUCAAGCAGAGAAUAAUGGGGUUGAGUUGACAAUUAAACAACGGCUUGCAAUUGUAUCACAAAUGGAAGCUGAAUCUGAACUAGUCUUUGCCGGAAUGCAAAACGCGUUAAAAAUGCAAAAAGUUCAAGAAUAUGAUGAUGUUCUUAGAACCAGCCCGGUCGGAUUGGAUGACAAUGGUCUUACUCUCUGGAAAUUGAAGUCGUACAACAAAGAACCAAACAUUUUACUUCAAGACUUGGGAAGCUGGAGUGACGUAUGUCCUCAUGAAAGGUGGUUUGCGUUUAGCCCUGAGCAAAAACCACAAGUAGAGAAGUAUAUUGCUUGCAAAAAGCAAGAAAGGCUUCUCAAAAAUUGGAAGGGAAAUACUGCUCUCGAGUCUUAGUGAUAAUUUGUCUUGUUCUGCAAGCACAUAAUAUAAAAAUGAUUAUGAUAAGCAGAAGUAAAAAGGCUGACUCAUUUGGAUAUGAUUUGUUGUUUUAUUUACAUUUCUGAACACCCAAAAAACUCGGUUUCGUAAUUUCUUUUUAUCUUAAAAAACUUUCAGACUUU